ACAAUAUAUUAAGCCUCUCACCACACGUACUCACUCGAUCGCACGCUUACUCUCACCGCACCGGCUCUGCGCAGAGCUUGAUUGCCGUGGCAAUGGAGGACGCGGCAAGCAAGAAGGCCUACGUGGUCGCUGUAGUCGUGCAGGUGAUCUACACCGGCUUGUCCGUGUUAUCCAAGGCGGCCUUCAACGACGGGAUGAGCAUUUUCGUCUUCAACUUCUACCGCCAGGCGACCGGCUCCCUCCUCCUGCUCCCUCUCGCUCUCCUCUUCCAAAGGAAAAAUAUGAUGUCGAUGCCGUUAGCGCUGCUGUUGAAGCUCUUCUUGUGCGCAUUGUUCGGGAAUACAUUGAGCUUAAAUAUGUACAGUGUUAGCCUGAAACUUACAUCGGCAACGCUGGUGGCAGCAGCAGGCAACGCCGUGCCUGCGGUCACCCUCUGCCUGGCACUGGUACUCAGGAUGGAGGUGGUGAACCUGAGGAGCUCCUCUGGCAUAGCCAAGGUUAGCGGUGCAGCGCUCUGCCUCGCUGGCGUCUUGGUCAUGGCCUUCUACACCGGGCCAGGGCUCAGCCCCGUUAACCACCACCAUGCCUUCGCCGCCCACGCUCCGGGCUCCGGCGGCCACACGAGUACCUCAAAGGCGGCAUGGAUCGCAGGGACGUUCCUCAUGGUCAUCAAUAACAUGGCGUAUUCCCUCACAGCCGUCUGGCAGGCUAGAAUCCUCAAGGAGUUCCCUAACAGGAUGCUCGUGGCCGUCUCACUCUGCGUGUUCAGCGCGCUGCAGUCGCUGGUCGUCGCCGCAGUGGCCGAGAGGGACUUCUCUAGGUGGAAGCUCCGGCUGGACGUCAGCUUGCUCGCCAUCGCUUACACUGGGUUUGUGGUGACUGGAGUGUCCUACUACCUGCAAGCGUGGAUCGUGGAGAUGAAGGGGCCCGUCUUCUUCGCAGCCUGGCUCCCGCUCUACUCCGUCUUCACAAUGUUUUGCUCCUCAUUCUUCUUGGGAGAGAUUGUUCACCUCGGCAGUAUUUUGGGUGGAAUCCUGCUGAUUGGAGGACUUUACAGCGUGUUGUGGGGUAAAAGCAGGGACAGUAUGUCUGAUGGAUCAAACAGCGAGAUGAAUAAGAUCGAUGGUGCACAAGAUGAGCAGGAGCGCAAUAAACCUGACGCACCUGAGGAAGCAAAAUCAGCAGCAGCGGGUGAAAAAGUCUGAUGGAUCACGGAAGCAGCUUGACCUGCAGGUCACCUUUUGCUUAAGUAUUUUUGUUGUGGGACAAGGGAGAUGCCCAAACCCUGAGAUCGUUGCGAACACUUAGGGCAUCACGUUAAGGAAAGUGUUCUAGAGUAUUUUUCAUGUGAAUGUACUGUUGACAGUAUAAUAUGGCUGAAAUGCCCCUUGUUUUUCUCCUA